AUGCUUUCAAAGAAGGCAGAGUUUGGAUUAGAAUGGUUUACCUUCCUAUACACAUUCUUCAAGAAGAACAGUGGGUUGAAUUGGAAAAAGCUGCGAGAAUCUAUGCAAUUGCAGGAUGAUAUUAUCACUGAGGGAAGCACUCCCGGAUUACAAAUCAUAUCAGAUCAGCAUAAGGGUAUCAAGAAAGCCAUGGGCAUGUUGAGAAUCCAGUGUGAUGUUCCCAUUGAGAGCUUCGCAUGCUCCAAAAUAGUCGAGAGAAAUCUCUUCAAGUACACAACCGAACUGCACAGAAAGGCUAUGAAAUAUAGCUUUUUCCAAUUGAUAUUUGAAUCUGAUCCUAAAAAGUUCCCAGUAAUCCAAGAAGCAAUGAUGUGGGUUUUCUUUGAGAGGCAUAAGAGGGAGACAACCAACAGUACUUAUAAUCCCAUUAUCAGUAUGAAAGACUGUUCUAGAGGUCUUGAGUUUUACAAUUCGGUGACUCCAAGGUUUGAAAUUAUGACACCCAAUCAUUGUGAGAUUUUGAAUGCAGAGAUGUUCGCAUUUGGGCUAUUGAACCCAACCAAUCUCAUUAUCAAAGUGCUGUUGAUGCAGGGUGACAAGAUGAAAAUCAUAGAGUUCAUGACCUUUGAUUUGAAUACAGUGAGGCAGCUGACUGAAAAUCAUGAAGAAAUCAAUGACGUGAGCGACUCUGUUGAUGAAGAGCAAGAACCGGAAUAUGUCGAGAUGCUCACGAACUACAGCUCAUUGUUGUGCUCAACAAAUAUGAUCAUUUCUUCUUGUCUGAAUAGCCAAGAGACUAGUGGGACUGUUGAUAGGAAAUCAACUGGAACAGGUGUGAAGCAUUACAAGCACAGUGUAUUGUGGGAUUGUGAUUCGUCUCUUCAAGAGCUUUUUAAGGUGUUGAAAAUACCAGAGCUAUUUUCAAAAGCCAAUAGAUGUAUCAUACGGAAGAUGAAGUCUCAAAGUUACAGGUCAGCAGUGAAGAGAUUCAACAAAGAGGUUCUACUGAAGAAGAGGCAAAGGAUCGCGUAUGUUUCCAAUAGAAUUGCUUCCAAGAUUUUAAAGAAGAAGAAAGGAAGAGAACGACCAGGAAAGUUAGAACAGAAAAGGAACUACAAGACUAAAAAGCUUAUGGAAGACUCUGAGGCAGAUCAAACGAGUCCACAACUAACAGAAAGUGACUCUCGUACAGACUCCUCUCAAAGUACUAUAAUGAUCAAUAAACUGUUGGAACAUCUUGACGACUGUAUGGAGUCUGGUGGCCUAUUCAUAUUUGCAGAUUACGAUUUUGAUGCUUCUACAAAUGCCAUCAAGGCUUACGCAUCCAGCAGUGCAAAGUGUAACAGGAGAAUAGCACUGGACACUACAAAGGUGUUCAAGGUGAUUUGA